UGCUUCUCGCCUACGACGGGAUCGAGCUCUUGGAGCCGGACUGCGACUGGGCCGGAGCGGACGGCGACCUCGACAAAAACAUCGAGCACCCUGUAGUGCGGAUGAGUGCGCCCACGCACGAGGAGGCAGUCGUGGAGUGUGAUGACGGCUUCGACGCAUUGCGGCAGAAGUUAAUACCAACUUCGCUUACCGAUGGGGACAGGGGACCGUUGGGUGGAAGAGGUCGUGAUGACCCGUGGGAAGUCACAUGAUGCUAUGUUGAUGGCGGGGAGGUAGGGGGGCGUUUGGGAGGCGUUGUCCGCCCCUUCGGCUGUAAUUAGUGGCACUUUUUUUUCCCCCCGUUAAAGACCACGUCCUUCUCCGCCCCUCCGUCGUCAGCAUCGUCAUCUUUCGUUUUUGGUCCUUGUUGCCAAGUCUUGCCUUUGACUUUGCCGGGGCCUUGUUGAUACUUUGCCGUGUUGUUGUUGUCUCCUCGUCGUAUGUGAUCUCUUUUUUUAUUUCGUAUCUGGCCUGUUUUCGAUUCCCCUUUUCGCGGCUUGCGCGUCUUGGCCCUUAGCAUACUACAGCUGUCUGUAUUCUUGCGUAUUGUCAUCAGAUUUGGCAUUUGUGUCUCGGUGUACUUUCUUUUCUCUGUCCAUCUUUGCACCUUUUUUCUUGAUGGGUGUGGAACAGCCUCUAGUUUAGGCGGAGUUUUCUUCCCUCUUCUGGAGCAGGACUGUCGUUUGUGUGCUUGCUCUUCGCCACAUUUAUUAUUAUUGUGCCCCGAGGGGUUAGCCCCAUCGGGUUUCAGGUUGUUUUAGUAUCAUGACGCGUGCGUAUAGACUAAUAGUUUUGUUUAUUUUCUUCGCGGUUGCGACUGUAUCCAAGUGUGACAACAGGCUCCGUGGAGUUUCCUUUGCCUUUUGCGUUGCCUUGUUGGGACCUUGCGUUUGCCGUAUUGUUGUUGUCUCCUCGUAAUCGUAUCUCGAUAUGUUUUUUUUUUCUUUCGUGUCUAGCCUGUUUUCGCUUCCCUCGUCCGCGGCUUGCGCGUCUUCGCCCUUCGCAUGCAACUGUCGGCGUGUCUUGCGCAUUGGCAUAGGUGUCUCGAUGGAUUUAUUUUUCUCCGUCCAUCAUUGCACCUUCUUUCAACUAACCCUAUUUUUUAUUCUGACGGGUGCGGGAAGCCUCUAGGCUAUGUAGCCGGAGUUUCCUUCGCUCUGCUGGCGGAGGACUGUUUUAUAUUGCUUGUUUUUCGCAGCAUUAUUUUUGUGUCCCGAUUAGACUCAGCACGGUUCGGUUUGUGUUAGCAUCGCAUGACGCGUGCGCACAAUAAUUUUAUUUAUUAUUUUUUCCGGG